GGUGGGCAAACUGGAGGGCGUCCGUGCGUGCGCAUGCGCAUGCGCCUCGAGGGUUUCCUUUCCUAGUUUUUCCGCUUGUUAUGGCUGCGCCCAUGGAAUCUCUGAGGAAGAGGAGAGGAGGGGGCGAUGCUCCUCAGCCUGAGCCCCUGAAGGCCCCCGGGCGGGAGCCCCCGACCGGUCCGCCCAGUCUCCUGCCGGGCACCUUUUGGCUGACCAGGAUAGUGCUCCUGAGGGCCCUGGCUUUCAUUUACUUUGUGGCAUUCUUGGUGGCUUAUAAUCAGAAUAAACAGUUGAUUGGAGAAAAGGGACUCCUGCCAAGCAAACUAUACCUACAGCAAAUUCAGCAGUACUUUAGAGGUAAAUCUGUCUGGGAUUCCUUCAGUUAUUCUCCAACCAUCAUCUGGUUUCUGGAUUGGUCAUAUAUGGACUUCAUCUUGGAUGCAAUAUCUCUUCUUGGUCUAGGAGUUUCAGCUUUUGUAAUAAUAACUAGUUGUGCAAAUAUGCUUCUCAUGGCUACACUCUGGAUUCUCUACUUUUCGUUGGCCCAUGUAGGACAGAUCUGGUAUGCUUUUGGAUGGGAAUUUCAGCUCUUGGAAACAGGAUUUUUGGGGAUAUUCUUGUGCCCUCUCUGGACUUUUUCUCGACUACCCAAACAUACCCCAACAUCCAACAUUGUUAUAUGGGGAUUUCGAUGGCUUAUUUUCCGUAUUAUGCUUGGCGCAGGCCUGAUUAAAGUAAGAGGAGAUCGAUGCUGGAGAGAACUAACCUGUAUGGACUAUCAUUAUGAGACACAGCCAGUACCUAACCCUAUUGCCUACUAUUUGCACCAGUCCCCAUGGUGGUUUCACCAGUUUGAGACUUUAAGCAAUCAUUUCAUCGAGCUGGUAGUGCCAUUUUUCAUCUUUUUUGGACGCCGUAUGUGUAUCAUUCAUGGAAUUGUGCAGAUCCUCUUCCAGGUGAUUCUUAUCAUUAGUGGAAACCUGAGCUUCCUUAACUGGUUGACCAUCGUUCCCAGUAUUGCCUGUUUUGAUGAUGCUGCCUUGGGGUUUCUGUUUGGCUCUCAGCAGGGAGAGGUUAAAGAUCGAGUCCAGAAAAUGCAGGUUGAAGAGGCCAAGGAGAAUAAGCCCCCUGUGAGAUAUGGUUGUUUGGUUCGAAGACUGGUAAAUGUCUCUUUAGGUAUCUUGAUUGCCUACCUAAGCAUUCCUGUGAUUAUGAAUUUGUUUAAUUCCAAUCAAGUUAUGAAUACCUCAUUCAACCCUCUCCGAAUAGUCAACACUUAUGGAGCAUUUGGAAGUAUUACCAAGGAGAGGACUGAGGUCAUCAUCCAGGGCACUUCCAGCCUUGUAGCCAAUGAUUCCACUGCAGUAUGGGAGGAAUAUGAGUUCAAAUGUAAGCCUGGGGACUUGAAGAGGAGACCGUGUAUGAUCUCUCCAUACCACUACCGGCUAGACUGGCUCAUGUGGUUUGCUGCUUUCCAGACCUAUGAGCAAAAUGAAUGGAUAUUCCAUCUGGCAGGCAAGCUUUUAGCCAAUGACCCAGAAGCCUUGUCCCUGAUAGCGUUCAAUCCAUUUGAAGGCAAAGACCCCCCCAGUGAUCUUCCCCUGGGAGACUCAUGGCUAUCAUUCAGUCUGCUCCCUCCCUGGUCUGAGAAUCCUGGGCUUCAAGAAGAAGCCAUAUGGCGAGGGUCAGCAAGGAGGCAGAGCCCAUGUGUAAAGGUUUCUGGAGUCAUCUGGUUAAGCGCAGAAUCCGGUCAUUUAGAACAGGUGGAUCAGAGGAGAACACUACAGAUACAAGUUCAGUCACCCAGGGGGAAAGCAUGCUGCGGAGGGCAAAUGGUGGAUCCGGAAGAGAAUUGGCCCCUACUUCCCUGCGGUCAAUCUCAAGGGGCUGAAAGAAUUCUUUAAAUCAAGGGACUGGCCUUACCCAGGACACGGAUGAAAGGACAGCUCUCCAAUCCUUCGCAUUCUGCUCUGAGUCUUGCUUUCUAAUAAAGGCCAGAAUCCA